AAAUGUGGGAGGAUCUAUUUCCGUCAGUGCUGCAGUGGCGUGAGGAGAGAGUCGAACAAAGAGAAGAGGCCAUGCCUUUUUUACACGGCUUUCGGAGGAUUGUUUACGAGUAUCAGCCUCUUGUGGAUGCUGUGAUGUGUGUUGUGGGGGCAGAGGAAGGAGAAAGUACUCAAGACAGGAUUGAAAGUGAGGAUGGCAUGUGCAGAUCUCUGGUUGACCUACUGGAGAAGGAGUCUCAGUCUUCUGUCUUUGAAGAGGGCAUAAGCUACGCCCUGUUCAAAGUGGCUGAACGAGGAUUAGUCAAUGCAGGAGAGGUGCUGUUACGCUAUGGAGCAGACCUAAACUUUGAGGAUCCUGUGUCAUACUACAACCCCCUGCAUAUCGCAGUCCUGCGGAACAGGCCGAGCAUGGUGCGGAUGCUGGUCGAACGCGGCGCCGAAAUCGACAAACGAGACAGGAUUCAUGAGAGCAGCCCUUUGGACCUCGCCAGCGAGGAGGCAGACAGAGUGCCGUGCCUCCGUGCGCUUUUGGACCUGGGAGCUGACGUCAACGCCAAAGACAAGAAUGGUAAAACUGCCUUACUCCACGCUUUAGCCAGCAGCGACGGACUCACAGUGAACAACACAGAUAAUAUUCAGUUGCUUUUAGAGAGAGGUGCGGAUGUUCAGGCCGCCACGCAAGACGGUGAAACGGCGGUGUCCUCGUUGGUCUUCUUGGUGAAGGAGGCUCUAGAGGGCAGCCCGGAGGACGCGGCCCAGAUCGGGAACUUCUGCACCCGCGUGGCGCAGCUUUUGCUCAGCCACGGCGCUGACCCCAGCUGCUGCCUGUGCUCCGGGGAAGGAGACGAGGAGGAGGAGGAGGACGGCGAGCCGUCUCUCACUCAGACCUGCUUGGAGUUCUUCGACCUUCUUUUCCCGCUCGCGGCCCUGCUCCUCCAGAGGGGAGCCUCUUUCUUCUGCUCCUGCCACGGCGCCGCCUGCUGGACCGGCCACCGCCUCAUCUUUCGCCGUUUGGCCGCCACUCUGUCGGGGAACCUCGACGCGGGCGAAACGGCCGACCUCCUGGCCAAAGCCGAAGCGCUGCUGGAACUGGCCCUGCUGUGCUGCCCCGUGCUGCCACCCCUCCCUCCCUGCCUGGAGCUGCCCGUGUCCGACCAGGGGCCCGGUGCUCAAGCCCUGCUGGAGCUCCACUCCAGGCUGAGGGAGCAGGAAACGCGGCCGCUCCCGUUACGCUGCCUCUGCCGGGGGUUCAUUCGCCGUUGCCUGCAGCCCUGGCCCCUGCAAGACAAAGUGAAUUCCCUGCCUUUACCCGACAGACUGAAAGAAUACCUGAUCCCGGAAAAUAAGCUCAUUCACAGGCCUGGGUGGGACACUUUCAAACCUCACCACACCCUCCGCUCAUAGCCAGUCACAGAAAAGCGUUAGCUGUAGCAUUAGCAAUCAUGAACGUUGUAUGUGCCAAUCUUCUUUCUAUAUAAUAUUGAAGUCAAUUGCCAAAAUGACAGACAACCAAGACAGGGAUGCAAUGGGCGUGGUUUCCACUGUGUAAUAUCAGCCCUUAAUAAUAAAGGUGUUUGUAUAUAGUAUGUAUUCUCAUGUUUACAGCAAUGUGGAUUUCUAAGCUAGCGAAAUUCGUUAACACUGCCGCACGUGAAUUGUACUGCCGAGAUUUUUCGUUGUGUUAUUUAUCUUAAUUAACUUGUGUGUGGUGGAUAUGCCCCUCAGUGCACAAUUUUUUUUGUUUUGAUGUAUGUCCAACACAUUUUUUGAUUUAAAUGAAAAGCUGACUGUAUCAGUGAUGCGUGUAAGAAACUAUUAAGAAGAGUGGUGCCUUAGAAAACAACAGUGAGACCAAGUAUGUCCUUAUAUAAUUUCACCUUUCACCUGUGUAAGUAAAAUGAUUCUAAAAUAGGUUGAGCUGGGUCCAAAAAGGACAUAAUUUCAAUGUCACGUUACUUGUGUUUAAGUGUGCUUUCGUAAGUCAGUAUUGGUAUAGUCUUCUCACAGUGCCAGAUGCCAAUAAAAACUGGGUGUUACUAGUGAU